CCAAAACAUAUACUUUUUGCUCACACUGAACCGCCCCCCGGCUAGUCAAAACGUCAGUGAAAAUGCGCUCUGUUUCUCUAAUAAUUUCUAUUGCCUUGGCAAUGACAGCCACUGCCGCUGUGGGCCCUUCACCCGGCAGUCAGCCUGGCCAGUUGUCUAUCAAAGAGGCACAAGACAAGUAUCCCGGGUCCGAAAUUGCUUGCUGCAAAAACAAGGAAGACAUCAACGCCGAUGGAAUUCUUGGAAAUCUUCUGCAGAAGGGUCUUGCGUUGCAGAACCUUCUUGGAACUCAGGACUCUGCUUGUGCGAAGACAAGUUUGAUUGAAAACCUGAAUAUUUUGGGCUUUACAAAAGAAGGGGCCGAUGGUGUUUCUUGCAGCGGGACUACGGCUUACUGUCCAGAGGACGGAGAUUGCAAGCCUGUAGAAGCUUAGCAAGGCGGUUUUGGACGGUUUAGGGUGUUUGCGAAUAUAAAUUGAUCGCUGGGUUUGGUAGAGCUAUCAUCGUGUGUUCCCUUAAUGUCGGUCCCAAUCACCUGGUUUAAAAUUUGCGUUUUGCAUGGAGCUUGUCAGAAGCAACGGAUAUGGUCAUGUCUUGAACACCGGAGCUUGUAAUUUUCUAGAACUCAUUUUCUUUCUAACGGGAUGGUUAUUCCAUCAUUUGUAACCCAAUCCAAGUUGGGUAAUUAAUACAUUUUAAAAACUUAAAUUAAUCGCGAAUACUAG